UCCCCUCCCGGCGGCGGCGGCUCGCUGUCCUGGUUCUUCCCCGCAGCUGAGAUAGUGAGCAGCAAAGAUCAUAGACCUCCGCUCUAUGAUCCAAAGAUAGUAUCUUUGCUGAGCAGCUUCUCCGGGCUUCAGCACCGCCCCCACUGCACACUCUGACCCUUACACCGGGGCCUUGCACACUUUACCUCUCACGCCUGUUUGCAAGCUGUGUUUUUUUCCCCUGGAGACAGCGAUAUGCCAUUGUUUUGCCUGUCAGCGCAUGCAAUGUGAACUGUUAAUUUCCUGUCUUCAUAUAUUGUAGGUCGCCGCUCCCACGGUGCCUGAGCCCCGGGCUCUCCCAGUGCAAUGAGCUCGCAUUCCCUGCCAACCAAGUUCGUGCUGACUGCCUGCGCCGCCACUAUAGCAGAAACAGUAACCUUUCCUCUCGAUUUGACUAAAACAAGACUUCAAAUUCAAGGGGAAGCGGUCGACCGAUUCUAUGAAACAGCGAAGCCUUACAGGGGAAUGGUGAAGACAGCAAUUGGAAUAGUUAAAGAAGAGGGUGUGUUCAAGCUGUGGCAAGGUGUUACUCCUGCCAUCUACAGACAUAUAGUGUAUUCCAGUGUACGGAUGGUUGCAUAUGAACAGCUUCGUGAAUCACUACUUAAAAGGAAUGCUGAUGGCUACUUCCCAUUGUGGAAAGCUGUAUUAGGAGGAAUGUCGUCUGGUGCCCUUGGUCAAUUUUUUGCAAGCCCAACAGAUCUGGUGAAAGUUCAGAUGCAAAUGGAAGGGAGAAGAAGGCUGGAAGGAAAACCUCCAAGAAUCCACGGAGUCUACCAUGCUUUCGUCAAAAUUUUGUCCGAGGGUGGAAUCAGAGGAUUAUGGGCAGGUUGGAUACCAAACGUGCAGAGAGCUGCGUUAGUCAGUCUGGGAGAUUUAACUACCUACGACAUGGUCAAACACUUCUUACUACGAAACACAACUCUGAAGGAUAGUAGCUUAUGCCAUGGUUUAUCAAGCAUUUGUGCAGGACUAGUUGCUGCUACCAUGGGAACCCCUGCAGAUGUCAUUAAAACCAGAAUCAUGAAUCAGACAAGAGAUAAACAAGGAAGGGGUUUACUAUACAUAUCCACGUAUGAUUGCUUGAAGCAGACAAUAAAGAGAGAGGGAUUAUUGUCAUUGUACAAAGGGUUUCUCCCAACUUGGGCAAGAAUGGCACCUUGGUCCAUGACAUUUUGGCUCACGUUUGAACAAAUCAGAAAAUUAACAGGCAUCAAUUCAUUUUGACAUUUAUUCAAAUCUAAUAUAACUUCCGUGAAGACACAAGAGACUGCAGAUGCUGGAAUCUUGAGCAAACCCCAAAGUGCUGGAGGAACUUGGCGAGUCAGGCAGCAUCCGUGGUGAGGAUGGACAGAUAACAUUUUGAGUCGGGACCCUUCUUCAGACUGCCUGACCCUCUGAGUUCCUCCAGCACUUAGUCUUUUGUUCAUAACUUCUGUGAACAACUUGUUCAUAACUUCUCUUUGUAAACAUGAUAUUGGAGCGGAGGCAGAAAAUAGAAAAUAAAGUUGAAACUCUUUCACAUGCGCUUGUUAUGCAUAUGGAAAUAUUGCAGUUAGUUCUAACCUUAACCCCAUACAACAGAGAAUUCUGGAACUAUCCAACAGGUGUGUAAAGUUUAUCAAUUCUUUAAGUUCACUCAGUGUUGUUUAGCUUUGGAUAUUUUGAGCUGUUUCAUCAUUUAAUUAUUUAAAAGUUCGAAUAUUGUGCUACCAAAGCUAAAUUGCUCAAAAUUAGCAACCAAUUGUUAUUUUUCUUAAAGACAAUACUUCAAAUAACUUUCCAGCUAAACACCCGUUAAACCACCAUUUUUUUAUUUUAAAAUAUGUCCAAUUUAAAAAGUGGUUUAUUAUACACUUCUCUAGCUUAGAAUGUAAGUGUAUUUGUUUGACUGAAUUCAAAUAAACUAUUAAUUGCAUCAAAUGA